CCCAAGAUGGCGCAUGAGGCUCGCUAGAGGAAAGCUGAAGGAUUUACCAUCGCCUGCUUUAUUUAUGUUUGCGUUCUCGUGCUACGCUCGUUGCCCGUUUAAAAGGACUUUGCCCGUCUGAGGCGGAUUCCAGCGCAGGGACAGGAUCUCCUCACCUCAGCGCGUCAUGCAUGAAGGCAAAAGGACCAAGAACAUGUUUCUAACGCGAGCUCUGGAAAAGAUCCUGGCGGACAAGGAGGUGCGGAAGGCGCACCACGCGCAGCUGCGCAAGGCGUGCGAGGUGGCCCUGGAGGAAAUCAAAGCGGAAUCAGAGAAAUUAAGUAGCUCAGCAGCUGGGGACAGCAAGUCCAGCUCCAGCACUUUACCACCCAUCAAAUCCAAGACCAGCUUCAUUGAAGCAGAUAAAUACUUCCUGCCGUUCGAGUUGGCAUGCCAGUCCAAAUGCCCACGAAUUGUCAGCACCUCUCUGGACUGUUUACAGAAACUCAUAGCCUACGGCCACCUGACGGGCAGUGCACCGGACAGCACAGCUCCGGGGAAGAAGCUGAUCGACCGGAUCAUGGAGACCAUCUGUGGCUGUUUCCAGGGCCCCCAGACAGACGAGGGAGUCCAGCUACAGAUCAUAAAGGCUUUGCUGACGGCGGUGACGUCCCAGCACAUCGAGAUCCACGAGGGCACCGUCCUGCAGGCCGUGCGCACCUGUUACAACAUCUACCUGGCCAGCAAGAACCUGAUCAACCAGACCACGGCCAAAGCCACCCUCACGCAGAUGCUCAACGUAAUCUUCGCCCGCAUGGAGAACCAGGCCCUUCAGGAAGCUAAGCAGAUGGAGCGAGAGAGACAGCGACAGCCAUCACCCUGCAGUCAGCAGGAGCCAGAAACGCCCGGAACGCCCGGAACGCCUGGCAUGGUCCUGAGUCAGCAGUUGAAUGGUGGCCAGGCAGAGCUGCAUCGCCCCCCCUACGAAAGUCCUGAGCCGGAGAACGGCUCCCAUCUCUGCCCCGUGGAGAACGAACAAACGGAGGCGGACCAAGCCACAGCCGCCGCCCAGAGCGCAGCUGAGAACAGCACAGACGUCGAGGAUGAGGGGCGCCCAAAUUAUGAAAACGAGGCUCAGGAGAUCGUACAGAGCAUCCUGCAGGGAGUGGUGAACACCAUAGCAGGAGAUGCCAUGGAGAGCCGAGCAGGGGAGGCGGAGCCAGCCGAGGUCACGCCCACCUCCCUGGAGGAGGAGGGGGGCCUUGGGAGCGACAGCGAGAACGUUCAUGCAAACGGAAUCCCCGGCACGCCAAUCUCCGCCAGCUUCGCCCCAUCCCUGCCCGAUGACCGGCUGUCCGUGUCUUCCAGUGACACUCAGGAGUGUGUGGCUCCAGCCGGGACGGCACCAAUAGCGAAGUUCUCACACAUUCUGCAGAAGGAUGCCUUCCUAGUGUUCCGCUCACUCUGCAAGCUGUCCAUGAAGCCCCUUUCCGAUGGACCACCGGAUCCCAAAUCACAUGAGCUGCGCUCCAAGGUCCUGUCUCUGCAGCUGCUGCUGUCCAUCCUGCAGAACGCAGGACCCAUCUUCAAGACCAAUGAGAUGUUCACCAACGCCAUCAAGCAGUACCUGUGCGUGGCGCUGUCCAAGAACGGCGUGUCCUCUGUCCCGGAGGUCUUUGACCUCUCCUUGUCCAUCUUUCUCACUCUGCUGUCCAACUUCAAGACCCAUCUGAAGAUGCAAAUCGAGGUCUUUUUCAAAGAGAUUUUCCUGUACAUCCUCGAGACAUCCACGAGCUCAUACCACCAUAAGUGGAUGGUCAUUCAAACCCUCACCAGGAUCUGUGCAGAUGCACAGAGUGUUGUCGACAUCUAUGUGAACUAUGAUUGUGACUUAAAUGCUGCUAAUAUAUUUGAGAGGCUGGUGAAUGACCUGUCCAAGAUUGCUCAGGGCAGAGCUGGGCAUGAGCUGGGCACCACCCCUUUACAGGAGCUCACCCUGAGGAAGAAAGGCCUGCAGUGUCUUGUCUCCAUCCUGAAGUGCAUGGUAGAGUGGAGCAAAGACCAGUACGUCAACCCCAACUCCCAGACCAGCCUGGGCCAGGAGAAGCCUUCAGAGCAGGAGGCGAGUGAGUCCAAGCCUCCAGAGAGCAUCAACCGCUACGGCAGUAUCAACUCUCUCGACUCCACCGCCUCCUCCGGGAUUGGCAGCUACAGCACGCAGAUGUCUGGCACCGACAACCCCGAGCAGUUCGAGGUCCUUAAACAGCAGAAGGAGAUCAUCGAACAAGGCAUCGAGCUGUUCAACAAAAAACCAAAGAGAGGCAUCCAGUACCUGCAAGAGCAAGGCAUGCUGGGAACCACCCCUGAGGACAUCGCCCAGUUCCUACAUCAAGAGGAGAGGCUGGAUUCUAUCCAAGCCGGAGAGUUUCUGGGAGACAACGAUCGCGUCAGUAAGGAGGUGAUGUAUGCGUACGUGGACCAAAUGGACUUCCAGGGCAAGGACUUUGUCUCCGCUCUCCGCAUGUUCUUAGAGGGCUUCAGACUUCCAGGAGAAGCCCAGAAGAUUGAUCGUCUGAUGGAGAAAUUUGCUGCUAGAUACUUAGAAUGCAACCAAGGGCAAACGUUGUUCGCGAGUGCAGACACUGCUUAUGUUCUCGCUUACUCCAUCAUCAUGCUGACCACAGACCUCCACAGUCCGCAGGUAAAGAAUAAAAUGACCAAAGAACAAUAUAUAAAGAUGAAUCGUGGGAUUAAUGACAGUAAGGACCUGCCAGAGGAGUACCUGUCAGCCAUUUACGACGAAAUCGCUGGCAAGAAGAUCUCCAUGAAGGAGACAAAGGAACUGACCCUCAAAUCAAGCAAGCAAAGCGUGGCCAGUGAGAAACAGAGGCGGUUGCUCUACAAUGUGGAGAUGGAGCAGAUGGCCAAGACCGCCAAGGCCCUGAUGGAGGCUGUGAGUCACGUACAGGCACCCUUCACCAGCGCCACACACCUGGAGCACGUGAGGCCCAUGUUUAAGUUGGCGUGGACGCCCUUCCUGGCUGCCUUCAGCGUGGGCUUGCAGGACUGUGACGACCCCGAGGUGGCAUCUCUGUGCCUGGAGGGCAUUCGCUGUGCUAUCCGCAUUGCCUGCAUCUUCACCAUCCAGUUGGAGCGUGAUGCAUACGUUCAGGCCUUGGCGAGGUUCACCCUCCUCACAGCCAGCUCGGGGAUCACAGAGAUGAAGCAGAAGAAUAUCGACACCAUUAAAACACUCAUCACUGUGGCGCACACAGACGGAAACUACCUGGGAAACUCCUGGCAUGAGAUUCUGAAGUGCAUUAGUCAGUUGGAGCUGGCCCAGCUCAUCGGGACAGGUGUGAAGACCCGUUACAUCUCUGGUAGCGCCCGGGGUAAAGACGGUUUCAUCAGCAGUGCCAGAGAGCAGACCUCAGACGAGUACCUGGGCCUCGUGGGAGGUAAUGUGGACCGUAAGCAGAUUGCCAGUAUCCAGGAGUCCAUCGGUGAGACCAGCUCCCAGAGCGUGGUGGUUGCUGUCGACAGAAUAUUUACAGGGUCUACUAGAUUGGACGGUAACGCUAUUGUGGAUUUUGUGCGCUGGCUGUGUGCGGUGUCCAUGGAUGAGCUCGCCUCUCCCACACACCCACGCAUGUUCAGCCUGCAGAAGAUUGUGGAGAUCUCCUACUACAACAUGGGCCGCAUCCGCCUGCAGUGGUCCAGGAUCUGGGAGGUGAUCGGUGAUCACUUCAACAAGGUUGGCUGUAAUCCCAACGAGGAUGUUGCUAUCUUUGCAGUGGAUUCCCUCAGACAGUUGUCCAUGAAAUUUUUAGAAAAAGGAGAAUUGGCUAAUUUCAGAUUUCAGAAGGACUUUUUACGGCCGUUUGAGCACAUAAUGAAAAAGAACAGGUCACCCACUAUCAGGGACAUGGUAGUGCGCUGCAUUGCUCAGAUGGUGAACUCCCAGGCAGGGAACAUCCGCUCCGGCUGGAAGAAUAUCUUCUCCGUGUUCCAUCUGGCUGCGUCCGACCAGGACGAGAGCAUCGUGGAGCUGGCCUUCCAGACCACCGGACACAUCGUCACGAACGUAUUUGAGAAACAUUUCCCCGCCACCAUCGACUCCUUCCAGGAUGCAGUGAAAUGUCUGUCUGAGUUUGCUUGCAAUGCCUCCUUCCCCGACACCAGCAUGGAGGCCAUCCGCCUCAUCCGCCACUGCGCUAAAUACGUCUCCGACAGACCUCAGGCGUUUAAAGACUACACCAGUGAUGACAUGAACGUUGCCCCGGAGGACCGAGUCUGGGUGCGAGGGUGGUUCCCUAUCCUGUUCGAACUGUCCUGUAUCAUCAACAGAUGCAAACUGGACGUCAGGACCAGGGGUCUGACGGUAAUGUUCGAGGUGAUGAAAACCUACGGUCACACUUAUGAGAAGCACUGGUGGCAGGACCUGUUCCGUAUCGUCUUCAGAAUCUUCGACAACAUGAAGCUGCCCGAGCAACAGACAGAGAAGGCAGAGUGGAUGACAACGACGUGCAACCAUGCCCUUUAUGCCAUCUGUGACGUGUUCACGCAGUACUUCGAGUCUCUUAGUGGAGUUCUGCUAGACAACAUCCUCUCUCAGCUCUACUGGUGUGUGCAGCAAGAUAAUGAGCAACUCGCUCGGUCUGGCACCAACUGUCUGGAGAACGUGGUCAUUCUGAAUGGAGAGAAGUUUGCACCUGAGACCUGGGACAAGACAUGCAGCUGCAUGCUAGACAUCUUCAAGACCACCAUCCCGCACACGUUGUUGACGUGGAGGCCGGCGGUUGCCGAGGGCGAUCAGACGAGACAACUGGACUCAGACAGACAGCUGGACUCCAUAUCCCAGAAGUCUUUGGAUAUCCAGACUCGGGUGGAGGACCACCCGUCCAUGAGCAGUGUGGAGAACAGGAGACAGAGUCAGUACAGUGUGGCAUCAGACGUUCAGGAGCAAAGGCUGUUCUCAGCUCUCCUAAUUAAGUGUGUGGUCCAGCUGGAGCUGAUCCAGACUAUCGACAACAUCGUCUUCUUCCCGGCAACCAGUAAGAAGGAGGACGCUGAGAACUUCGCUGCUGCCCAGAGGGACACACUGGACACGGAUGUCCACGUGCAGACUCAGGAUCAGGGCAUGUACCGCUACCUGACCUCUGAGCAGCUCCUCAAACUCCUUGACUGCCUGCUGGAGUCUCACAGUUUCGCCAAGGCCUUCAACUCCAGUCACGAGCAGAGGACUGCCCUCUGGAGGGCUGGUUUCAAAGGGAAGUCCAAGCCCAACCUCCUGAAACAGGAGACCAGCAGUCUUGCCUGUGGCCUGCGGAUCCUCUUCCGUAUGUACAUGGACCCGGGAAGGCAGGAUGCCUGGGAGGAGGUGCAGACACGUCUGCUCAAUGUGUGCAGUGAUGCUGUGGCCUAUUUCCUCACCCUGACAUCGGAGAGCCACCGUGAGGCUUGGACCAACCUGCUACUCCUCUUCCUCACCAAAGCGCUGAAGAUCAGUGAUGACAGGUUCAAGGCCCACGCCACACGCUACUACCCCCUGCUGUGUGAGCUCAUGCAGUUCGACCUCAUCCCAGAGCUGAGAGCCGUGCUGCGCAAGUUCUUCCUGCGCAUCGGCAUGGUCUUCCAGAUUGCCCCCGCCCUGGAGCCUGAGCAGGGGGUGUGUCCAGAGGGCUCGUCCAACCCUGGGGCUCCCUGUGAGGCCUAGAGACAGAGGUGCCUGCCCCCUCUGUGGCAGCGGUUCGGAUGUCGCUUGUUCCAUCGGCCGUCCAAGUUUAAUAACAUGACUGGUCCCUGAUCUAUCUCCGUGGCGAGGGGCGCCAGAGAGGCUGGAGAAGAGGAGAGUGUAUCGGUAAGGUUUCUAGGUGAUUGUGUUGAAAGUACUGGUAGACCCCCUUCCCACGCCCGCUGCUGUCUCCACUGAGAUAACUCUGAAAGAGGAUCCGUCCUCCAUCACGUGGACAAAUGACCAAUAGACUUGUACAAAAGACUCAAUUACCUGCAGGAUCUUAACUAUUCAAUUACUUGACCUCCGAGUUUCUCGGAAAGAGGGAAUAUAAUUCAAAACUGUGUGUUUGUCUUUACAUAAUCUUAAACCUGUCAAAAGGAUGAUGAAAUGGUUUUAACAUCAAGCAAGUGAUGAAUAUCAAAGGAUGAGUAAUACAUGUUACUCAGUGAUUCUCUUUUUUUGUUUAAUUUUGCACUGCUAAUGGCUAACAUUAGCAUGAAUCGCUCUUUGGAUUAAGAUAGAUGUACAGAAAAGCAGCUUUGUAAUAUAAUCUCAUAACACUAGAUUUUAUUUCUGAUUUUUUGUUUGUUUUCUCUGAAUUUGCUGCACUUAAUUAUUUUCAAAUGCACUGGAGAUUUUUACUUCUGUGAUAAUUUAUUUAACUAUGCCAUUUUUCCCAGAUUGUCCCGUGAGAUUUCUAAUUAAUACAAUA